AUGCAACUCAAAUACCCGACUGGCCCCACAUCCUUUAACCCCCGCAAGUCACAAUACAGGGUCUACGGCUCUAGUGAAGCAUCACAUCGUCAAACACACAUCCAGUGUAUCACGGCUACAUCUACGAUAAUUGAGCUGAAUCGAUCGCGAAAAUGGCGAAUCCCCUCGCAGACCCCGUCAAGUUACCCUGCGGCCUCGUGCUUCCAAAUAGGCUAUCCAAGGUACCUCCUCCCACCACCAAAAAAGCCUCAGCACAGCUCUAACACGUUUGAAACAGGCAGCAAUGGCCGAACUAAUGUCCAAAAAAACCACCCAGACCCUCUCCAACCCGCCUACGAAAAAUGGUCAUCCGGCGGCUGGGGCAGCAUCUUGACAGGCAAUGUUCAAGUCGAUAUAAAUCAUCUAGGGAGCCCCUUCGACCCAGCCCUGCACGGCGAGUACUCCUCAGCAGAGUCUAACACAGAAGUACUGGCACGAUGGAAAACCUACGCCUGCUCCAGCCAGAAACACGGCACACCAACCCUAGUCCAACUCUGCCACCCGGGCCGCCAAUCCUUCCGGGUCGCGGGGAAGAGGGGUAUAUUCGCCAGCAGCGUUGCGCCGAGCGCGGUGCCGAUCUCUGUGGGUGACAGUUGGAUCGAAAAAAUAAUUGCGGCGCUUGCGUGGAGUAAGCCCAGGGAGAUGACGACGGCUGAGGUUGAGACGACUAUUGCCCGGUUUGUGGAUGCUGCGAGACUUAUGGCUGAUGCUGGAUUUGCGGGGAUUGAGUUGCAUGGGGCGCAUGGGUAUCUUAUUGAUCAAUUCUUGAGUGGGAAGACAAACAACCGAACAGACAUCUACGGCGGCACCCCGCAAAAGCGCGCACGAUUUAUCCUCGAAAUAAUCCGACAAACCCGCGCUGUCGUCCCGCCCAAAUUCGCAAUCGGCAUAAAACUCAACUCAGCAGACCACGACAGCUCCACCUUCGAAGAAACAAUGACGCAAAUCGCGCUUCUCGUUGAUGCGGGUAUUGACUUUAUGGAAGUUUCUGGUGGGACGUAUGAGGAUCCGAGAAUGAUGGGGUAUGGAGGAGGAAAAAUAGAAAGAGGAGGGGGAGCCAAGUCUGAAAGAACAGCCGCCCGCGAAGCCUUCUUCCUCUCAUUCGCACACGAAGUCCGCGCCCGACACCCAGAUCUAUGUCUGAUGCUAACAGGCGGAUUCCGGUCUCGGGCCGGCGCGGUUGCGGCUAUCAACGACGGGGCGUGUGAUCUGAUUGGGAUUGGACGGCCUGCUGCUAUUAAUCCCAGUUUGCCGCAUUUAUUGCUUGAUGAGGGAGUUGAGGAGUGUAACGCUGUGCUAAGGCUGGAGAAGGUGCCGAUGCCUUGGUAUGUGGGGUUUUUGCCGAGGAAUUUGGUUGGGGCAGGGGCUGAGAGUACUUAUUAUGCGCUGCAGAUUCAGAGGUUUGCGAAGGGUUUGGCGACUUGUCUUCCUGGUCUUUGA